AUGCACCAUGCUCCCUCAAAAAUAAUCGCUCGAUGGGCAUUUAACAUUCAGGAAUGGAAUCCUUCUAACGAGCAAUACAAAAAAGCUCUUUUAUGCAUUCAACCAGAAGAACGCAAACGAAUUGAAGGAUUUAAAUUUUUCUCUGACUCAAAAUUAGCUCUAAUUGGAAGAUUAUUGAUGAGAUUUUUAUUUUAUAAAUUAUAUAAAACUCCUUGGAACGAAAUCAAAUUUGGAAGGACUAAAGAAAAUAAACCUAUAUUGAUAAAACCUGAAAGCAAUGAUCCAAUAAUAAAUUUUAAUAUAUCACAUCACGGAGACUGGGUAGUUUUAGUGGCAGCUGAGAAUUGUAAGAUUGGCAUUGAUGUAAUGAAAGUUGAAUAUCCAAAAAGGCAGACUGUUGAAGAAUUUUUUGAAACUCUUAAAGAUCAGUUUUCAGAAUAUGAAUGGAGCGUAAUAACUACUCCACUACUAAAAGAAAUAGAUCAAUUACAUCAAUUUUAUAGGUAUUGGUGUUUAAAAGAAAGUUAUGUAAAAGCUGUAGGAAUUGGUUUGGCUUUAGAUUUGAGAACUAUUGAAUUUCAUUUACCCGAAGAGGAUGAAAGAGGAAAGUUGUAUGAAAAUGUAGAGACUUUAAGGACAAAAACCAAAUUAUAUAUUAAUAAUAAACUCGAACGCCAAUGGAAAUUUGAAGAGCUUUAUCUUGAUGAAUUUCAUUGUGUUGGU